CAUCAGCAUCCUCAGUUGACCACAGUGUCAGUGUCUCCGCUGUGGCUGAGGACUCUAACACACUUGGUGACCUUUGACCUCCUGCAGACCGAGAGUUGGAGAUUGCCUUCUGUCGAAAUGAAGCAAUUCUUCGGCAUAGUGCUGAUCGGUGCUUUGGUUGGACAGAGUGUGUCAAUCAAGUGCUACAGUUGUAAAGAUUACACCGCAAGUUGCUCCAAACAGCGAGACUGCAGUUAUGAUGACGCCUGCCUGACACUCUACGAAAGAGGAGGGAUGACUUACCGCCAGUGUCUCAAAUAUUCCGACUGCGAGUACAACCGGCUGGGUCAGAUGUUUCCACAGGUCUCCAGUUUUUCCUUCAAGUGUUGCAACUCCGACUUGUGUAACUCCGCCCCAUCCAGGGCAGCAAUCUCUCUGAUCGGUCUCCUUGUGGCGCUGCUGGGAACAUGGCUGAUCCGCUGAGUCGGCUGCUUCACUUCAUUGACAACUGGUCGGAAAAUAAUUUAUCUUCAGCUCCCAUGAUGCUCUCCAAUGGAAAAGCCUGCCACAUUCAAAAUAAUUAAUCAUUCUUUAAGAAUUAAGGAUAUUUGGCUUUGCACAUUAAUGUUCAUGGGCAAUUGACUGUUGGCUCAAAUAUACAUUUAUAAUCCUCACCUCUGCGUAACAUGUCUCGGAAUACAAGUUAAUAAAUGUGAAUUAAAUCUUAUAAGGUGCACUUUC